CACAGCGUCAGCUCGCAUUUCCGGGUUUCAGAAUAAAACGCCUCGCUACAGUUGAGGAAAAGUUUCCUCGUGCACAGAAGAGGAUUCAGGAUGUCGACCACGUCUCAGAAACAUCGGGACUUUGUGGGCGAGCCAAUGGGCGACAAGUCGGUGACGAGUCUGUCAGGGAUCGGAGAAAUCCUGGGGAAGAAACUGGAGCAGCAGGGCUUCGAUAAGGCGUACGUGGUGCUGGGUCAGUUCCUGCUGCUGAAGAAAGACUCUGAGAUGUUUUCUGAGUGGUUGAAGGACGCCAGCGGAGCCAACAGCCGCCAGGCGGGGUCCUGCAGUCAGUGUCUGAGUGAGUGGUGCGACGCCUUCCUCUGAGGCCCCGCCCUCUUCCUCUCCUGUCCACUUACUCUGAGGCCCCGCCCACUUCCCACGAGGCCCAGCCUUCUUCACCUGAGGCCCGCCCACUCCUUCACAUGUCCCGCCCCUGUUCAUCUGAGACCACACCCACUGUAUUUGUGAGUGAGCCGCCUUCCUAUGAGGCCCCGCCCACUUCUUCCCACGCCUCCAUUCAUCUGAGGCCCCGCCCACUUCUCCCCACGCCCCGCCUCUAUUCAUCUGAGGCCCCGCUCACUCCUUCCCACUUCACCUUAUAUUAGUCCCGCCUCUCCUGGAAACUCCUCCCCUUCCUGUUUGUUCACCGUGUUUUUAUUGUUAUUUUGUGGAAAGCUAAAUAAAGAGUUGUCAGCUUAU